AUGUGGUUAUUUUUAUUAUUUUUUGUUUUAAACACCUUUUAUAAAAAUGUUGAACCAUUGUCCAUAUUUGUAAAGAUAUCAUGGAGGGAAAUUAGUGAAAACAAAUUUGAAUACCCGCAUCACUUGACAGAUGAAACAAAGGAACGUUUCGACUUGAAAUUAACAGGAAAUUUACUGAGAGGUGGACAAAAGUUUGAUGAUAUUAUUGGAGAAAUGCUAGGAGGCAGUAAAUAUUUUCUGGAAAUUUCGAUUAAUGAACACAAUGUUCGUUUACACUUGAGUUUAAGGAGAAUAUUUUUAAAACCCCCCUAA